UAACCUGCCACUUGCAGAGCUCACACACACAACCAGACACAAUUUGGUAGAGCUUCCCAGCAGAAGGCACAACAAUGGCAACGAAACCGGUCCCAUAUACAACAAAUCUAUCCUUGCCUGUUAAUUCUUCAGUGAAAAUCAAAGGGAAGCCUGCUAUGCCUUUCAAUAUGAACCCAGUAAUGCAGGUGGAUUUCCACACUGGAACUGAAGUGGACUCAAACAUCGCCUUCAGUUUCCGAGUGUGCUUUGGCAACUGUGUGGUGAUGAACAGCCGUAAGAAUGGGACCUGGGGUGAAGAAGUGAGAUCCACUGAUAUGCUCUUUGAGGAUGGCCAACCCUUUGACCUGGACAUCUUGGUCCUGUCAGACCAGUACCGGGUAACAGUAAAUAGUACCCAAUUCUACACUUUUCCCCAUCGAAUUGAACGAGCAUCUGUGAGGAUGCUGCGGGUGUGGAGAGAUGUCUCCCUGACCUCGGUGACUACCCCUUAGAGAAGGAUGUGACCAGACUCCCCGUUGUCAAGGAGAUCCCUCCACCUAAGUGACUCUGUGGUUCCCAGAGCUCCCUAACAACAUGUGUUCUCACCCGUCCCCCACAUUUGGUCAUUAAAACUCCUGAAAACA